CCUCCAGCCCGCUUCCGGAAGUUCCUCUCAAAAUGCUGAAGUGCUGUGUGCAAGUGGCCGGGGCUGCGGGAGUUGGAGUCGGUCCUCGGGCCUGAGCCUCGAGGCCGCGCUCCCGGGUGUCGUUGAUGUUCGGGGCCGCUGGGCGCCCAGCGAUCGGAGCCGCCGCCGCCGCCGGGAAGAGCUGGCAUUUCAGCCGAACAAUGGAAGAGCUUGUUCACGAUCUUGUCUCUGCACUGGAAGAGAGCUCUGAGCAAGCCCGAGGUGGGUUUGCUGAAACCGGAGAUCAUUCUCGAAAUCUGUCUUGCCCUCUGAAACGCCAGGCCAGGAAAAGGAGAGGGAGGAAGCGUAGGUCCUAUAAUGUUCACCACCCUUGGGAGACAGGUCACUGCUUAAGUGAAGGCUCUGAUUCUAGUUUAGAAGAACCAAGUAAGGACUACAGAGAGACACACAACAGUAAGAAAGAUCAUAGUGACUCUGAUGACCAAAUGUUAGUGGCAAAGCGCAGGCCAUCUUCCAACUUAAAUAACGGUGUUCGAGGUAAAAGACUUCUGUGGCAUGAGUCUGAUUUUGCUGUGGACAACCUUGGGAACAGAACUCUCCGCCGUAGGAGGAAAGUGAAGCGCAUGGCAGUGGAUCUCCCGCAGGACAUCUCUAGCAAAAGGACAAUGACCCAGCUGCCUGAAGGCUGUAGAGAUCAGGACAUGGACAACGAUAGAGCUUACCAAUAUCCAGAGUUUACCCGGAAUAAAGUUAAAAAAAGGAAGUUGAAAGUGAUUAGACAAGGACCAAAAACCCAAGAGGAAGGAGGAGGUUUGGAAAGUGAAGAAAUAAGCCAGACCAAUAAAGACAAAAUGGAGUACGAAGAACAAAAAGUCUCAGAUGAGCUCAUGAGCGAAAGUGACUCCAGCAGCCUCAGCAGCACCGACGCCGGGUUGUUCACCAAUGACGAGGGAAGACAAGGUGAUGAUGAACAGAGUGACUGGUUCUAUGAAAAGGAGUCUGGUGGAGCCUGUGGUAUUGCUGGAGUUGUGCCCUGGUGGGAGAAGGAAGAUCCUGCAGAACUAGACAGAAACGUGUCCGACCCCGUGUUUGAAAGUAUCCUAAGUGGUUCUUUUCCCCUCAUGUCACAUCCUGGCAGACGAGGUUUCCAAGCUAGACUCAGUUGCCUCCAUGGAAUGCCUUCAAAGAAUAUUAAAAAAUCUGGAGGGGCUCCACCUUCAAUGACGUCUGCUCCUGGCCCCGUCAGUAACAAGAGGAUGGUUCACUUUUCCCCAGAUGCCCAUCACCAUGACCACUGGUUUAGCCCUGGGGCUAGGACGGAGCAUGGCCAGCAUCAGCUUCUGAGAGAUAACCGAGCAGAAAGGGGACACAAGAAGAACUGCUCCGUGAAAACAGCCAGCAGAGAAGAGCAGUUUCUGCAGCAGGAACCCAAAGGACUGUGUAAGGGAGGUGUUAAGUCCAUUGGCUCUGAUGGACUUUCACUAGUAAACAACUUAAACAAGAUUCAGGAACCAGACAAGCACGGAUGCAUACUUCCAGGAUGGCCCCCUAGGCGCCAGCAGCUCCUCUCUCCAGAUGGGGGUCUCUUCCCUGGCAAACUCUCAGAAGCGCCAGUGAUUAUCUGCCCUGCAAACAGUAGGCUUGUUGCAAAACCAUCCAGUAAUAAUGAGAAGAAAAUCCCCAUGAAAUGCCAGCACACACAGUCACUAGUGUGACCCUCCACAGUUCUCGGAACGUUUCACCCAGGGCACUUGUGGGCUUCCUCAUUUGUGUGCAUUAGUUUCGAGACUAGUGAAGAAAAGUAACGCAGGUACUCCUGUACCAUAACUGAGUUGUCUGGUGUAGACUCUAGAGAAGGCAAACAAGCAUGCAUUUAGGAUCCUUGUGCACAGGAG